GGGCGGGCCUAGGGAAAUGGAGCGGGUUUUGGGCGCGGGGCGGCAGGUGUAGCGAUGAGCAGCGGUGCUGGGCGGGCUGGAGAGGCUGGUCCCGCACGGCAGCAGCCCCGACAGCAGCCCGCCCGCCCGGGCAUGGCAUUGGCCCCGCCGCGCCGCUCCCUGCGCUGAGCCCCGCUGACCCACCGCUGCGGGUACCGCUGCGAUGCCGCCUCAGGAGCUCCUGGACUACUCGCCCGCCCUGCGGAGACACAGCCCCCCCCGGGGCAGCGGCCCGGAGCUGGGCAUCAAGUGCGUGCUGGUGGGCGAUGGCGCCGUGGGCAAGACCAGCCUGGUCGUCAGCUACACCACCAACGGGUACCCCGACGAGUACCAGCCCACCGCGCUCGACACCUUCUCCGUGCAAGUCCUGGUGGAUGGAGCCCCAGUCCGGAUCCAGCUGUGGGACACCGCUGGACAGGAGGACUUUGACUGUUUGCGCUCGCUUUGUUACCCUGACACCGACGUCUUCCUUGUCUGCUUCAGCGUGGUAAAUCCAAGCUCCUUUCAGAACAUUACUGAGAAAUGGAUCCCCGAGAUACGAACUCACAACCCCCGGGCACCAGUGCUGCUAGUGGGGACGCAGGCAGACUUGCGGGACGAUGUCAAUGUCCUCAUCAGCCUGGAUCGCUACCAUGUGAAGCCUGUGCCCCGGCCUCAGGCAGAAGGUCUAGCUGACAAAAUCCGGGCUGAAGCCUACCUGGAAUGCUCAGCACUGACCCAGAAGAACCUCAAAGAAGUUUUUGACAUGGCCAUUGUCAGUGGUGUUGAGCACAAAGCACGGCAGGAAAAGAAGAUGACUGCCAAAGGCAUCAAAACUCUCUCCAAGUGCCGCUGGAAGAAGUUCUUCUGCUUUGUCUGAAGCUGCUUUGGGGAGGGGAAGAAAGAAACACCUAUGCCAGUAUUGGCUCUGCACCUUCUUGGAGUGACUGCUCCUAUGGCCCCAGUGAGGAGGGUAUGAUAAGCUGCUGGGCUUGGAAACCUGGCUCUUGCUGGGUUACAGUAUCGGAUGCCUAGGAGACACUAACUGGAUUUCCAUUGUGCUGGGAUGUGGAAUGGUCCAGGCAGCUAUAAGUACCUGCUGGACAUGUCUGUAGUGUCCCAGACUAAUGGGAGCCUUUCAUACAUCACAACUCAGUACCUCAGAACAGGCAGGUUCCUUACAUUGUUCAGAAUGACCAGUUUUCUGUCUGAGGCUAACACAGAGUUCCGACGCAGCAUAAUAAAUGCGAGGGACUUGUGAAGUCUGCCUAUGUUUUGCCUGAUUUACAGGCUUGGCAGAGAGUAGAGCAGUUACAGGCGACUGCAAAGUGAUCAGACAUGGGAUGCAGAGUUUGUAAUGAGAGAUUUGGGAUCCCCCUCUGAUUCUGCUUGCCAAAAUAGGUACAAGUCACUUAGCUGUGAACAAGUAGCGCUCACUCUUAAAGGCCCUGUGUUGUGAGUACCCUUGAGAAGGUUUUCGCAAAUAAAGACCAUUAGCAGGCACUGGGAGCUACAGUAAUUCUUUAAGCAAAAUGUUCUCUGAGGGGACUCUGUAGUCCAAUGGAUGCCAGUGCUAUAGUCCUAUCUCAAGAGGUAGUCAUUAACUUGGGAACCUAUUUUGAAAGGCCUUGUGUGUGUGUGAUGUUUGGAGAGAAGGAAAAGGUGAGGAACAGUGAUGAGUGGCUCUAUCUGUCUAGCAGAGACAAAACUGUCAGCAAAGGGUUUAUAACAGUACCAAGAGGUGAAAUGUGGAUGGAGAGCCAUGUGUGUAAUGAAAGAAGAGACGAAUGUAAUGAAAGAAAAGGAAGGGAAUAAAAAGGGAAAAGAGAGAUGGAAGGAAGAAAGGGAGAUGGAGAAGGAAAGAAGAAUGAACAUUGUUAAAUGAAAGUUGUGAUUCUACUUAGUUGAGAUGCUGAUAUUCAGGGAAUCUUCUAAGGACCUGGAAAAUUUGCUUGUGAUCUCAAUUUCAAAGUAAAAUUGUCCAUACAUUGAGUUCUGAAUCAAAAGAAGGGGGUUGUAGUGAGAAAGUUUCUUUUGGUCAGUAAACCCCUCAGUUUCAGAUCUACGCAGGAGAACAGAAUUUACCUUGUACAGUUCUUUCUGAGGCUGCAGAACAGGAAUGAAGGGCUCAGGGCUUCUUUCCAUUAUGCUUCCCUUUCUUAAAAGUCACUGUUUGAUCUGUUGAAAUCAAAAGAAAGGAAAUCCAUGAAGUUGCUGCCAGAGAAAAACAUUCACUAUGUUUGCUCUGUUCCCCUCUCACCUCUUUCCCAGGGGUUUCAUUUCCCAGUGGAUCUAUUCACAUUUUAUUACAGAACUUGCAUGAAUUUCUCAAACUUCUUUCACAGACAUUUCGUUCUGGUUUAUGUAGCAGAGAGUAUGACAGGUCUGUCAGGCAAUGCCUUCAAUACUCAGGGUAUUAUCUGCAUCUGGCCAUGGCCCAUCAGUUUGGGAACACUCUGGAGAAGGUGACAUAGCUGUGGAUUAUUUGCCCUGCUCCGAAACCCAGCAUACCUGAGCUAAGUGGGCCCGUAAAAAACACGAAGUAACGCAGUAUGGCUCUGGAUCCAAACAAAUGCCCAAAACAUCUCUCACAACCAUUUCUCUUCGUGGUGCAGCUCAUGUAGUCCCCAGGACAUGAGACAAGCCUGCUGUCUGCAUGGGCAGUAUGACAGUAUGAAAGAGGUGGGCAGGUCUUGCAAAGGGAAGUGGUUCACAGCCUUGGAGCUGCUUGCAGGAUGAGGCCUAGAGACCUGGAAAAGAUGGUGUGGCAAAAAUGAGCUGAAUGUUGGAAGGACUCCCCCAGCUGAAACGCCAUCAGUGAGGGUUCAGUGAGGAGUCCCAAGAGAUGGGGAGUACAGAGGCCGUAGCUAGAAGUGUCAUGUCCUACGCACCUCUUAACAGGACACCACUUCUUGAGUAGAGCUCUCACUCAGCAGUGCAUCCCUACAUGUAUUUCUUACCUGGCCAGGCACCUUUGCUGUACCACUAGUUCAGUUUGUCUGUGGGGUCUUUAUGCAUUUCUUUAGCCUGUGAGACUGAGAGCUGUGGUGUAGCCUGCAAAGGAGUGCAUCAUACCCCUAUGGAGCAGCUCCACGGGUGGGAAGAACACCAGCCUCCCUCCUGCUGAGGAGAGGAAGGGUUGUCCUGCAGUAGCUUGGUAUGAAACAGGGAUUAUUUCAUUCUGGAAAAGAAACUGAGAGCUGCUUUCUUCCUCUGUGAUUGUGUCUAAUAUUUGUUCAAAUAAAUUCUUUUUUUAACGUCCA